CCUGCGUGUGAGCGGAGUACAGCGCAGGCAAGAUGCACCUGAAAACAUCUAUAUUAAAAGAAGCUAAACAUAAAGAGUUUGUUAGCUGUGUAGGAUGGACCUCUGCUGAUGAGUUAUAUUCCUGCAGUGAUGACCACCAGAUUUUGAAGUGGAACUUAUUAACUAAUGAAACAACAGUAGUAGUGAAACUGUCAGAUGAUACUUAUCCAAUAGAUCUUCACUGGUUCCCCAAGAAUGUGGGUAACAGAAAACAAGCACAGGCUGAAAUGUUUGUGCUUACAAGCUCUGAUGGAAAAUUCCAUCUAAUUUCUAAAUUAGGGAGGCUGGAGAAAAGUGUAGAGGCACAUUCUGGAGCUGUGCUUGCUGGGCGUUGGAAUUAUGAUGGAACUGCUUUGGUUACGGUUGGUGAAGAUGGGCAUGUAAAAAUAUGGUCGAAGAGUGGCAUGCUGAGAUCCACUUUGGCACAGAAUGGUUCUCCAGUUUACUCUGUUGCUUGGGGUCCAGAUUCAGAAAAAGUUCUUUACCCCUUAGGAAAGCAACUAAUCAUCAAGCCACUUCAGCCGAGUUCCAAAGUGUUGCAGUGGAAAGCACAUGAUGGGAUCAUAUUAAGUGUUGACUGGAAUUCUGUAAAUGAUCUUAUACUUUCAGCAGGAGAGGACUGUAUAUAUAAGAUCUGGGACCGCAAUGGCCGCAACCUAUACAACUCUGCAUCUCAUGAGUAUCCAAUAACUUCUGUUUCCUGGGCACCUGAUGGGGAACUGUUUGCUGUUGGAUCCUUUCAUACUUUGCGCCUGUGUGAUAAAACUGGGUGGUCUUAUGCCUUGGAAAAGCCAAACACUGGCAGCAUCUUUAGCAUUGCUUGGUCUGUAGACGGUACGCAGAUUGCUGGCGCUUGUGGAAAUGGACACGUUAUCUUUGCUCACAUCGUGGAGCAGCACUGGGAGUGGAAGAACUUUGAAGUAACUUUGACAAAAAGGAGAGCAAUGCAGGUUCGGAAUGUAAUUAAUGAUGCUGUCGAUUUACUGGAAUUUCGGGAGCGAGUGAUUAAGGCUUCUUUAAACUAUGGACAUUUAGUAGUCUGUACGUCUCUCCAAUGCUAUGUGUUUAGCACAAAGAAUUGGAACACUCCACUUAUUUUCAACCUGAAAGAAGGAACUGUUAGUUUAAUUCUACAGUGUGAAAGACAUUUCCUUCUGGUUGAUGGUGGCAGUUUCUGGCUCUAUUCCUAUGAAGGUCGUCUCAUUUCAUCACCAAAGGUACCUGGAAUAAGAACAGAUAUUCUCAAUGAACAGAGUGUGUCACUGAGUAAUGACACCAUAGCUAUUAAAGACAAAGCAGAUGAAAAGUCUAUCUACUUGUUUGAUGCCCUCUCAGGAAAAGCAUUAGGUGAUGGCAAGCCCCUUACACACGAGAAGGAAAUAUUAGAAAUAGCUCUUGACCAAGGAGGACCAUCUAAUGAAAGAAAAAUUGCAUUCUUUGACAAAAAUCAAGAUCUGUACAUCUGUCCUGUAAGGAAUUUUGGAAGAGAACAGAAAUCAAUUCAGAUUGGUGCCUCAGUACACGCGUUAGCCUGGAAUGACACAUUUAAUAUGCUUUGCGGACUUCAAGAAUACCGUGUCCUGAUUUGGUACUAUCCCAAUGUAGUUUAUGUAGACAAAGAUCUUCUGCCAAAAACAAUACUGGAAAAAGAAGGAAGUGAGUUCAGCAAAUCUCCUCAGAUUGUGAGCUUUGUAGGCAACAGAGUGACUAUCCGAAGGAGUGAUGGCUCACUUAUACACACUAAUGUAUCGCCCUAUCCAGCAAUUCUUCAUGGAUAUAUCAGUUCUUCCAAGUGGGAUGAUGCAGUGAGACUUUGUAGUUCUGUUAAGGAGCAAACCAUGUGGUCUUGUCUAGCUGCCAUGGCCAUUGGAAGUAAAGAGUUGACAACAGCACAAGCAGCAUAUGCAGCAAUUGGCAAUCUUGAUAAAGUUCAGUACAUCAAUUCCAUAAAAGACCUACCAUCAAAGGAGUCGAGGUUGGCUAACAUCCAGUUGCUCAGUGGGAGCGUUCAAGAAGCUGUGCUUUUACAAGCUGGUCUUAUUUACCAAGCCAUCCAGCUGAAUAUUGACUCCUACAACUGGGACAGGGCAUUAGAGUUAGCAGUGAAACACAAAACCCACGUCGAUACUGUUUUGGCAUAUCGACAAAAGUAUCUGGAUAACUUCAAUAAGAAAGAAACCAACAAGAGAUUUCUGCAGUAUGCGGAAGGUGUCAAAGUAGACUGGGAGAAAAUUAAUGCAAAAAUCGAGAUGGAACUCCUUAAAGAAAGAGAGAGAGCGUCUGCUGGUUCCACAGGUGCCACAAUGAGAAACAGUAUCUCCACCAAUCCCUAAAUAUUCUAGCCAUUCAUUCCACACAACCUUUUUAAGUUUUGUCUUUAGAUACAGCAUUUCAUUCUGGAGACCAGCAGAUGAUUGGACUGUGUUAUUGUCUAUGUGGAAUUAUUGUUUUGAUUAAAUACCUUUAAUUAUGUAUCUUUUUAUGCAUAAAUUAUUUUUAUUGUUAAAAGAAUUUCAUAUUUAUAAUGUAUAUUUUACACAUUUAAAAUUAUUGUUAUAAAUAAAAUACUUCUUUAUAA